ACAGAACACACCGCCCCCAUGCCGAAAGCAUGGUCCAUUCUGGACCAGGACGAGAAAUUCUUGGGAUCUGGGAAGCGAAGGCUCAAGGAGCCUGGAAGUGGCUGUGCGAGAGAGGCGCUUUCGCCGAAGAGCCAGGAGCGCAACUCUCCUUUCGCCAUGCGUCAAGUCGCUUGGGGCCUUGGGGGGAUCUGGCAGAGCCAGGCUUGGUCUGGCAGCCCAAGAAGCCUGGGAGGAUCUUUGGAAUCUGAGGAUCUCAAGUCAAGCUGCGGACCGGUUCGUCGCAGGUUUCCUUCUGCUGACAAGAUCAGCGUCCCUUUGCCUCCUUGGGCUGCGCCAGGCGAGCUGUCCCCAUGUGUGCCUCCAGCGCGGGAUCGGUCGCCCAGGGCACAAGAUAGACGAGUGGCAGAUUGGACGCACGGCUACGACCUGGACGCUUACAGGUCCAUCAGAGUAUAUCCCGACUCCAGUCAUUAUAAGACAUGCGCCGCGCUCUCCAAGGCCUAUUUCGAGCCGCAGGAGCAUGCCGACUUGCUGGGCCCGGAUGGCAUGCCAAGGGGCGCCUGCAAGCGCCAGGGCUCUCCCGACGCCAGGGGCACCCAGAGCUCCAUCACCUUUACUGCGUCCGGAACUUCGCCAGAGGCAUGCAGAGCCGGGGACAACUUGCAGGGAAUGCAGACCAGGACGCGUUGACGGCACAUUUGUCCGCGAGCAAUGCCAGUGACCAGGAUGGUGGGCGGAGACUGGAACUUCUCCACGCUGUCACCCAUCCCACGCAAACGAUUGCUUGCGGCUCAUGCUGUCUUUGCAUUCCUUAUUGGAAGCCGAGAUCCUUGUGAAUGUCAAUUGUUGUUCGCGGGUGUAUCCAAUCAUAUCCACUAAUUUUGGACAACCCUGUGGCAGCAUGAGCGUGAGCUGAGUCGAAGCCAAGACCAGGCAGUCCGAGAGCCCUCGACAAGACGAGGUGCCGUCGGCUGGCAGGGUCUCCACUCGUUUCUCGUGGGCAGCCGAUAUGGCGCAAGCCUUGGCCAGAGGGUUCAGGUUGAGACGCAGCAUGGAUGGAUGGAUGGGUGGGAUGGAUGGAUGAAGUGCUGGAUGGAUGGAUGUAUGAAGGUCAACGGAUGGUGGAUGGAUGGAUGCGGGCGUGCGGCGCGUCGUCAAGAAUGGCUUGCGGAAGGCUGUCGGAAGGCAAAGCCCAGGCGGGCGCCACUUCGAGCGACGUAUCACGGCUAGGCGGGACGCACACGCUGGCGCCACACAGCCGGCCGACGUCCGCCUCCCUCCGCACGUCAAGAUCUCGACUCGCCACCCCACGUCCGCCCGACGCUCCGUGAUUGCCAGUGUUCCAUGUUUGUAAUACUGGCCACUCUUUGAUGGUUGCGGAAAACAGGGACACCGUUGCCAUUGCAGUAGGGUGCCUUUUUGUUUUUGAUCCAGCCCCAUUUUGGGGCCGCUGGGCCUUGGUUCAUCGAACAUGAGGCCUGCGUGUUUGCUUUGGACGGGAUGUUCGCCGGCAAGCCGAGCAACCCUUCCCUUGCGCUCUACACACCAAGCCCAAUAUCAGCUUUUGGAACUCAGAGGCAGGAAGGCCUCCAGUAUGUCACUUUAAGAGGUGGUUGUCCCACGCUUGGAGGCAUAUUUUGCGGAUAUGUUUGGCAGCUUUCUGGGACCAGCUGGCCAUGCGUUUGGUUUUGUUUCGGUAACACGUGUCUGGUGCUUCCAGAACCUAUCGCAGAUGGUUGUCUGCACCAAAAGGAAUUUUCGAGCUUCUGAUUGAGAAAGGUGUACUUCGGUUCGGCACGCGGUGCCUUUGGCCAUGUUUAUGAUUGCGCA